CUUGAACGUAGCGCAAAAUCAUCUUGGAACGCAUCGGUAAUUUAUAUCGGACUUCGGAGUGGGAUUUUCAGGUUGCUUCAAAAAUGUCGAAGUCUAUUAAUUUACAAGAUCUUGUAAAACAUAUAGUGAAUGGAACCUUGGAACAUAAAGUUUGCCAAGUUUGUCUUAAGCCUGUGCAAGACCAUUGCCAGAAUAUUUAUUCAAGGAUUUGCACUGAAGACAAAACGUAUUGCAUAGCAGAUGUUUUAGAGCAAGUUUGUGAUUUAAAGAUAAUGAACACAGCUGAAUAUAAAAUAUGUACGAGCUGUUUUGUAGCUGCUACGCAGGCCUACAAAUUCUAUCUAACAACACGAAGAAGUCAUGAAGUUUUAGACUAUUAUGUCAAUGAAAUCAACAAUCAACUUCAUUCAAACAUCCCACAAGACUUAACAUCUGACUCUCUUUGCAUUACUCUACCGAUGAUAUUAACAAGUACCAUAGACUGUGAUAACAAUGUGAAUAAAUUUCCACAAAAUGGCUUACAAACUAAAAGUGCAAUUUAUAACUUAACCGAAGGAUCAAAUAAUGUAGUAAAAAAAGAAACAAAAGAAAUUGAUACCAAGAAUGAUGAUGAUUUUGUUAUCGUAUUGAAUGAAAAUGGCGAACCCGAAUUUUAUGAAACCCAAAAAGACGGAACUUUAAUUCUUGUAGAUAAUCAAGUAAGCUUAAAUCACUAUUUGAAUCAAUUGCCAGAUUCUAAUGUAAAGAAGUUGAAGCAGUUAUCUGAUUCCAAUUUUAAGUCAAAUCAUUUAUUGGAUUCUAAUGUUAAGAAGAAGGGGAGAAGGAGAAAUCCAAUGGAGUACAAGCGCUGCAGUCAAUGCCCUGUUCGUUACAGGUUCGUUAGUAAAUUGAAGGAACACAUGAAGGAAGAACAUGGGAUUGAUCUUUUUGUUUGUCAGGUCUGCCAAGCAAUAAUAGAAGACGAAAAUGAAUUCAACAAACAUCUGCAAACUCACACGGGUAUACACACUUGUUCAAUUUGCAAUAUGGUGUUCAAGAAACGUCAAACCAUCAUAUCCCAUUUCAAAUGGCACGAAGAAGUUAAAGCCAUGACCCAAUCUGAUGGUGCCCAUGUUUGUGAAGUUUGCGGUUUGUUUUUUAAGGAUGGAGAGGCUUUGAAGGAGCACCACGACAAAAAGCAUGUGAAGAAGUUCACAUGUUACUUCUGCGGGAGAAUGUACAAAGGGGAACUCAGCUUCGAUCUGCAUAUCAAGAAGCACGAAAUGAACAAUGAUAUAAAGCAAGAGAAAAAUAAACCAAAAGCGGAAAUUACGAAGAAGAGGAAACGCAAGUUCACUUGCGGAACGUGCGGACGCGACUUCGUGGACGAGCGGGCCCUACUGUGGCACGGGAGACUACACACCAACGAGAGACCUUACUCUUGUGACGUGUGCGGCCGCGGGUUCGUGUCGCUCAACAGACGCAACCAGCACGUGGUGUGUGCGCACACGGCGCCGUCGCGCCGCUGUCCUCUAUGCCCCGCUCUGUUCCAUCUACGCUCUAUGGUCAACACGCACAUAAAAAAGGUCCACCUAAAAGUCCACAAGCGUCCCACCCGGGCCAGCAGGCAUCAGAACGUCGUUUGGAAGACGGAGACGGUUCCCAUCCAGGAGUUGAGCGUUUCUAUACAGAACGAGAUACUGGAACUGCAAGCAGCGCAGAAUGAAGCCAAGAGGAUGUCCAAAUCGUGACGACGAAAGUUACUUCAGACUUCUUGUAGAAGUUCCAUAACGUUUGAGGUCUUCAUAGACAAGCUGGAUGCAGUUGUUGGGCAAGUCACAGGCAAUCCCGAUAUCCCGAAAUGUUGUACGCGAUACAAAAAUUACGUACAGAUGUUUAAUGCAUACACAAUGCUAACACCGUGUAUAUGCGCUAUUGUUAUCAAACCAUUACCGUACCACUACAAGGCACGGGUCUCGUAUCAGAACGAGAAGGUAGGCCGUAGCCCACCACGCUGUUCACGUGCAGAUUGGUAGAGUACACACAUGGCUCAAUAGGCAUACUCACGGGCAUGAAGUUUCAUUCACCGUUAAAGCGAGUGCAGAAACACUCGCCUCUCGGACAAGCCCUUCUUUCUUACUUCCGAAAAGUAAGAAAGAAGGGCUUGUCCGUAUCUGAACUCUGAUCACAAUAAUAAUAAUCGUUUAUUUCAGGCAAUAUGCAAAACCCGUACAUGUGAAGAUGUUAAUAAAAUAUGUAUUUAUACACAUUAACACAAAAAGUUCGUAAUAUAACGAGCAUCACAGUGUCCCGUUAGGCGCUAUGUCAGCCAGUGUUUGAAAAUGGGAUUCUCCGGGCACUCGGACGAUUCAUUGAGGAAUAAAUUCUUCCAAGUUUUACAUCUAGGCUUAUACCGCUCACCACGUUAAGAUGCUAUGUAGGGCUCUUACAGACUCUUAAAUUACUUAAAACGCACAUACUGACUUUGAUAAGCGAGAGCGUGCCGGAGUUCGAACUCGCCUACCGCGCACACUUUGACGUGGUGCACAAAUAACUCUUGAGAACCAACGCAUGUACUCUAGAUUCGAAGAAGGUGAAAAUAUGCAUUAAACCAUGAUCUUAUUUCUAGUAGCUGAACACGAGUGAAAACUUAUAUCUUCGUUCUUUAAAAUAUGAAAAACCAAGUCGCUCUCGCUGUUUGUACACGUAGAUAUUUUCAACUACGCAACGAAUUUUAAUAGAAAGAUUCAAUGGGAAGGUUUAUAUGUACCUACUAUACAUUCGUAUUAUAAAUAAAAAAUAAUAAAUAAAUUAUUUUAUUCGUAUUAUAGAAGAGAAACAUAAAGAAAUUGAAAGAUUUGUAGAGUGAUGUCGCAACAAACCAUAUGAGAUAGAUUAAAUUAAUGUGCUACGGAAUUUUAUUGUUAACACGUUGGCUGCGGAAAACACAGACGUUUGCGUUUUAAAACUACGUAACGCAUGUACCUACAAGGAUGCGGCCAAACACGCUGAGCGUGUUUUUACGGCGUUCUGCGAGUGCGGGCGAACACAAACGUGUUGUUUUAAAUAUACUGCAAGAGCGGCAUUUACGCAACAAGUGUGUUAAUAACUCUUAACUGGCCCACAUUAGUAUCUACAUUGUAACCGUGCGAAGCCGGGGUGGGUCGCUAGUAGUUAAUAAUGUGUUAAUUUAUUUUGUAUCCAAUCAAAAACAUUAAUGUAAUAAUACAUAAGAAAACUUCGACAACGUAAUAAAACAUUAUAUAAAA